AUGCUGCGGGAACUCGGACUUGUGCUGCUGUUCGUCCUCGCUGCACAAGCAGCAAGAAUUAAAGGUGUUGUCCAUCGUCUGGACUCGGAGGCGGUGGGCUCCAUCCGUCUGGUGGACCUGCUGAAGAUGUCCUCUCAGUCCUCUCAGCAGACUGAGGGGUCCGGCUUCGAGGUGGACAGACCUCGGUCCAAGAGGUCGGUGUUUCUCCACUCGGGGGUGAAGAUCUGUCCCCAGGAGACGCUGGACGAGGUGAUCGCCUCCCACCAGGCCUACUACCAGCUCAGAGUGUGUCAGGAGGCUGUGUGGGAGGCGUUCAGGAUCUUCUUGGACAGGAUCCCCGGGACGACAGAGUACCAGAGAUGGGUUCACACGUGUCAACACGAGGCGCUCUGCAUCUCCGACCUCGCCAAGAACUUCAGCAGCUCCGAGGAGCACAGCAGCAUGAUUCAGAGGAGGAUGAGCCGAGUGAGAGACAGGAGGCCUCCAGCACGAGGAUCAGUGACUCCUGCACCCAAGACACCUGAGAGGACAGGUUUGGAGGUUCAGAGCGACGCUCCGUCAGCAGCUCCAUCCGUCUCCACCGUCACCUCCACGGCUCUGCUCAGCCCCGUCAGCGCCUCGCCCAGCCCCCGCCUCCACACCACCCCACCACACCAGGAGGAGAAGGAGGACUCGGAGCUCCCGAACCAGGUCCCUGAGAGUCCUGUGGAGCAGAUCGUAGAGUUCAGCAUCGACCUGGUGGAUCCUGGUUACAGAGAGCUGCUGGACGAUCCAGACUCUCCUCAGUACAUCGACCUGGCCCACCACCUGCAGGACCAGAUGCAGCACGCGUUUGACAAACUUCCAGGGUUUAAAGCCAUCCAGGUGCUGGGGAUCAGGCCCGGAGGAAUCUCGGUGCACUACUCCCUCGUCUUUGAGAAUAAUUUACAUAAAGGCAACUCAGAGAAUUCGGAGGCGCCGACCGGCAGCCCGGAGGUUUCGGUCAACUCCGGCCUCCGAGAGAUGGUGACCAAGGCGUUACGAGAGGAGGCGUCGCUGCCCAUCGACCUAGACUCUCUCAACUUUGAACCAGAAAAAACCCUCCGACCAGCUCUGACAGAAACGGCUACAGUGGAAGUGGUGGAUGAGCCCAGUGAGCCCGACUCACACAACGAGUUUGAGGUUUCCACCGACGAGCCGGAGGCGGAUAAACCCCGGCUGGCGGUUCCCCUCACCCCGCUGGAGAAGGAGAACGCCCUGGUGACCCUGUUGGAUCCCACGGCGGUCCCGGGGAGCACGGCGGUGACUGAAGAGAUGACGGAGACGGCCUCCGAGGAUAUUUCCGAAGAGUCAGAGGAAAUUUAUGUGAGUGAGCCCGAGCCUUCAGACACAGAAGAAGAAGAAGAGGAGGAAGAAGAAUUGCCGAUCAUUACACACGAGAUUGAAACCAUCCAUCAUGAGGAAACGGGCGAGCUGGUGAGGGACUACAUGCCGACCCCUCCUGUGAUUCUGGAGCUGGAGACGGAGGCUCCAUAUAUCAGCCUGAUGUCUCCCAACCUGAUAUCAGAGGAAGACCUGACUCCUGUCGACGACGACAGCGAGAGUCCCGGUUUGGACGUGGUUACCAUGACGACGACGGCAGCAGCUCCUGCUGGAGACGCCAAACUCCUCCCGGCCACGACGCUUUCAGGCGUCACGGGCCAGCCGCCCACCGAGCCGAUCGUAAAACUUCUGGAGGACGAAGAAGAAGUUAACACUCUGCCGGACGAGGAGGAAGAGGAAACUGAAGUGGAUGUUCCUCGGCCUUAUGACGAGGAUGAGGUUUCAGAGGUGGAAACUGAAGUUGAAUUGCAAGAACCAGAAGGAGAACCUGGUGAAGAACCUGAUGAAGAACUGCUAGAGACUGGCUCAGAAGUUUCUGAACCAGAAGAAGAGAACGUAGAGUUGUCCGAACCUGAAAUGGAAGUUGUUGGAGUUUUAGAACCAGAGGAAGAAGUAACUGAAGAAGAAGAAGUUGAAGGUUUAGAGCCGGAAGAAGAAGUAGCCGAAGAAGAAGAACUGGAAGAAGAAGAAGCCAAAGUUUCCGAGCCAGAAGAAGAGUUGGUAGUCGAAACUCGAGAAGAGGAAGCAGCUUCAGAACCAGAAGAACUGGAAGAGAUGAACCUUGAGGAGGUUUCCGAGCCAGAAGAAUCUGAACCAGAACCAGACGACAGCACAGUUGAGAUUUUGAAUGAAGAAGGAAUGGAACCAGAAAUAGUUGAAGUAGCAGGAGAUGCUAACGAGGAACCAGAAGAAGGUAUAUUUGAGGUGUCAAAUCCGGGUCCAGAACAUGAUCCGGAAGCAGAGGAAGAGUCUGAACUCGGCGGGGGUGUAGAUGAGGUUUUAGAACAAGGAGAAGACGAGGUUGAACCUGCAGGACCAGAAGAAAUAAUACCUGAAGUUCCAGAGGAAACAGAACCGGAAAUUUCAGAGGAAACAGUACCUGAAGUCCCAGAGGAAACAGUAGCUGGAGUUCCUGAGGAAAUGGUACCGGAAGUUUCUGAAGAAACAGUACCUGAAGUUCUAGAAACAGAACCUGAAGUUCUUGAGGAAACAGUACCUGAAAUUUCUGAAGAAACUGUACCAGAAGUUCCAGAGGAAACAGUAAUAGAAGUUCCAGAGGAAACAGAACCUGAAGUCCCAGAGGAAACAGUACCUGUAGUUCCAGAGGAAACAGUACCUGUAGUUCCUGAGGAAACGGUACCUGUAGUUCCAGAAACAGAACCUGAAGUUUCCGAAGGAACAGAACCGGAAGUUCCUGAGGAAACAGAACCAGAAGUUCCUGAGGAAACAAUACCAGAAGUUUAUGAGGAAACAGUACCAGAAGUUUCAGAGGAAGCAAUACCAGAAGUUUCAGAGGAAACAGUACCAGAAGUUUCAGAAGAAGCAGUACCAGAAGUUUCAGAAGAAGCAGUACCAGAAGUACCUGAGGAAACAGAACCAGAAGUUUCUGAAGAAACAGAAUCUGUAGUUCCUGAGGAAACAGUACCAGAAGUAGCAGAGGAAACGGAACCUGAAGUUGCAGAGGAAACAGAACCGGAAGUUCCUGAAGACACAGUACCAGAAGUUUCCAUAGAAACAGAACCUGUAGUUCCUGAGGAAAUAGUACCAGAAGUUUCUGAAGAAACAUUAUCAGAAGUUUCCGUAGAAACAGAACCAGAAGUUCCUGAGGAAACAGAACCAGAAGUUCCUGAAGAAACAGUACCAGAAGUUUCCGUAGAAACAGUACCAGAAGUUUCUGAAGAAACAGUACCAGAAGUUUCCAUAGAAACAGAACCAGAAGUUUCUGAAGAAAUAGUACCUAAAAUUUCUGAGGAAACUGAACCAGAAGUAGUUGUGGAAAUGGUACCUGAAGUUCCUGAGGAAAAAGUUUCUGAACUGGAGUUAGAGGUAUUUGAGCCGGAACCAGUUGACGAUGAAGAAGAACCACUAGCAGAGGCAGAAGCAGAGGAGGAAGUUCUGGAGCUUUCUGAAGUAGAAGACAUUGCCGAAGCUCCAGAACCAGCUGAAGGUGAAGGUGCUGUUGACGUAUUGGAACCAGAACCAGAAACAGAAGUGACAGAAACCAGAGAAUUAGAGGAGGAGACAGAAACGGUUUCAGAACCAAGCGAAGACGUGGUUGUAGAGAUCGAAUCAGAACCAAAACUAGAGGAAGAGUCAGAAGAAGUGGCAGAUCUACCACAACCAGAGGAGGAACCAGAGGAGGAAACGGUCCCAGAACCCGUCGACAUUUCGGAACCAGAACUUCCACCAGAGGCCGAAGUAGAGGCAGUGGAAGUUUCUGAAGAAGAACAAGAGGAAGUUGUACCACAGGCAGAAGAGAUACCCGAGGUUUCAGAGCCAGAAUCAGAAGAGGAAGUUGCAGUUCCAGAACCAGAACCAGAGGAAGAAGGCAUUGUAGUUCCAGAACCAAAUCCGGACGAGGACAUAGUUGAGUUUUUAGCACCAGAACCAGAUGAAGAAGCUUCUGAGCCGCCAGCCGAGUCAAUUAAGAUCCUCCAACCAGUCAACAACAUGGAAGAUCUUUAUUUCGGAGAGGAUACCGUUCACGUUAUUGAAGAUAACGAGUUCCUUCCGCCGGUCAGACCAUCAUUGGACCAUCACGAGGAAGAUAACCUACCCAUCGUACCCGUAGACGUCCAAACUCCGGAAGAACCCGACCACGAAUAUCCCGUCAUCGACGACUUCUACAUAGAGGAGGAUGUCGACAGCGUAGACGCACAAGUUGAGAGCGAAACCGCUGCAGAAACACCGACAGAAGCAUCAGAGAGCGAUCUGCAGCUGGAAACCAACUCAGAGGUGACAUCUCCCAAGAACCAGGACACAUCAGAGGACGGUGUAGUCACAGGAGACUCGGCGGAGGACGAUGAAGUCAAAGAAGUCUCGCGGGAGGACGGUGAAGUCACAGGAGACUCGCCGGAGGAGACGCAACAAAGUGAUUUGUCUCCAGAGAGAGACAUUAAGGUAACGGACUCCUUCCCGACUAUCGACUCCGGACUCUUUGAGCUAGCGGAGGAAUCUGUAAUCCCGUCGGCUCCGGAGUCUUCAGAGGAGGAAACCUCAGAGCCGGAGGCAGAACCGGAGCAAGCUGUGAUCAUUAUCGAUGAAGACUUGGAAGAAACGGCGCCGAAAGAAGCCGUAACCGCCCCGCCAAUGGUUGUGGAAGACGUGGUCGACGAGUCGGUGAGGGACUUGGCGGUGGGGCUGGAUCAGACCAACGAGGUUCUGCCGGAGGAGGGCAGCACCUUCCUCCCCGUUGGCGAGGAUCGAACCGCCGUCGGCGCCACGGCCCCGCCCCCGCUGAGGUACCUGACCACGCCCACCACGACCACGGCCAGCCACGGCCGGGAGCUGGUGGUGUUCUUCAGCCUGCGCGUCACCAACAUGGACUUCUCCGAGGAUCUCUUCAACAAGACGUCCCCGGAGUACCGAUCCCUGGAGAGCACCUUCCUAGACGUGCUGCUGCCGUACCUACAGGCCAACCUGACGGGCUUCAAGAAACUGGAGAUCCUGAACUUCAGGAAGGGCAGCGUGGUCGUCAACAGCAAGGUCAAGUUCGCCAAGUCGGUGCCGUACAACAUCACGGAGGCGGUGCACUGCGUCCUGGAGGAGUUCUGCUCCGCCGCAUCCAGGAACCUGCACAUCCAGAUCGACACGCACUCCCUGGACGUAGAAACAGCCGACCAGGCCGAUGCCUGUAAGUUCCUGGCCUGCGACGAGUUCUCCCGCUGCAUGGUGAACAGCCGGACCAAGGAGGCUCAGUGUGUGUGUGAGCCGGGCUUCCUGUCUGUGGACGGCCUGCCCUGUCAGAGUGUGUGUGUCCUGCAGCCGGACUACUGCCGACACGGGGACUGUCACAUCGUCCCCGGACACGGAGCCGUGUGCAGAAACAAAGACAGCUACGCCCUCCCAAGCCUGGCUAGUUAAGAAAAUAUAUCGAAUUGGCCGCCACCUGAGAAUACAACGAAAGACUUGAUGAAACAGGACAGCAGGCAGCAGCACUCGCUGCAGCUUCAGAGUUAAAAAUCCAAAAUGAUGCAGAGCUGAAGAGCUUCCAGGAGAAACUGUUCGCCUCCAAACUCCAAAAACGAGCUCCAAGCUUCAAACCAGAGGACGACCUUCAGGGAAAACUGACUUUUAGGCCACUUUGAAAUCUGCUGGACGUCCGUCGUCUGCAGCCAGACGCAGCGUGGCGAUGAAGAGGAGCUCAGCGAGCGUCUGCAGCUCGGAUCAGGAGACGCUGAUCCACCCGGACUGUUUUUAUACAAGCCUGCUGACUCUGUGUAGUAAAACUCUAAUAUACUGGGACUGAAGACGAGGGGCACUUUGGAUACGUUGCAGCAGCGACAGAUAGGAAAAUGCGGCUGAUUUCAUGGUGAUCAGUGGUUCCCAACCUUUUCUAGCUUGUCACCCCUUAAAAUCUACCAAAAUCUACAUCAGGUCUAAAGGUUAGACUUUAGUUUUUGGCACUUUUUCUUUUUCUGAAUAGUUUAAUUUUAACCCUUCUGCCCUCCUCAAAU